AUGGAUGUUGCUAUGGAUGUUUUUGGCCCAUUCGAAACAACUCACGCGUUGGGUGGCCUGAAUAAUGAUGUAAACCAGGCUUGUCUGAGUCCUACAGCUGAAGACUGGAAGAACUCACCAGUAUUGAUCCAAAGUCUCUAUGAUCUCCUUUUCAAGGGGACUCGCGACGUUCAUGCUUUUCAUCUAUGGUUAUACAUGCUAGAUGAAAAUCUCACGCCAAACGCAAGAGACUUGACAAUUGACUACGGAACAAUCGAAUGCAUAAACAACGACUUUGGCCUUACUCGCGUAUCCAUUCGUUCAAACGAAGACUCAGCAUUAAAUCGAAAAACUCAAAUACACGUCCUCGCGUUUACCUCCUAUUCCAAUGAUUACUCGAGCAAAGUUCCAUGGGAUAUCUUUCUCAAGGAGUUGGAACAUCUGCAUAUUACAAUGCACAGAAACGGGGAAAUUGAUGGGGACUACGACUGUUUCCUGGCGUAUAAACAGCUCGCUCGACUCUAUACUUUACAUGGACAAGAACAGCCCAAUACCAGACAAUGCUGGGUUCCAUUUAGCGAUGACGCAAUGCGGCGAUAUAGCAUCCAACCUCUUUUGAAAGACCCGCAUGACGAAGGACCUGUGUUUGAAUUCAAAACUCAUUACACAUUGAUCACGCGCCUGUUGAGAGCUUUUGCUGGCAAUGUCAAUAUUCCAUAUGUGUGCGUUUCCCCUAGGUCAUAG